AUGAUUGAAGUAGUAGUCAACGAUCGUUUGGGUAAGAAGAUCAGGGUUAAAUGCCUGGAAGAAGAUUUAGUUGGUGAUUUCAAAAAAAUUUUAUCCGUCCAAAUUGGUACACCAGCAAGUAAGAUCCAACUAGUUAAAGGUGGUUCUAUUCUUAAGGAUCAUAUCUCCCUAGAUGACUAUGAGAUUCAUGACAACACUUUCCUAGAACUUUACUAUCUAUAA